GCUUUGGUAGCCACUUGCCAGAAGCUGGUAGAAGAUCUUUAUGGGAUGUUGAGGAUAAGUGGGCAAGGUUGACUUGGAUAUACAAAUGGAGAGGGCUUGUGACCUCCCACGAGCAAUCAAUUUCCCUUCCCUCCACCCCUGCCUCCAUCUUCAAGGCUGGAGAAACCAAGAAGAAAAAACAUCCCAUAGGCUAAUAAGGGCUGGUUUGGCCAAACCAUGAGCACCCAAGAUCUAGUUGCCACAGGAAGGUGCUGUCCCUGGGAUUCCAGUUGAGAGAACUUGGGUAUAUUUAAGAGUGCUAUUCCAAAGACUUGAUCAGCUUCUCCAUCUUCCCUCACCUUAAAGUAUGGCUGACCUCAGCCUGUGGACUUGACUUGAGUUUUUAGUGGGAGACAUUCUCAGUCUUCUGUUUCCCAGAGUAAGGAGGAACCAGCCUUGGCAAAAUGGAUCCCACGUUCCCAGAGACAGUGAGCCAAAGCACUAUGCCCCUGGAUAUUCUGAAUGUUGUAGAAAGAUUCAACAACCAAUCAUUGGGCACAUGCUUUCAGACCAGGAGUGUUAUAAUGAGGGGGCAGAGCUUUGGUGGAAUACCCACUGUGUUAAUCCUAAACCUCUGCUUCUGGCUGAUUGCUAUUUUUGUCUAUGCCUUCCUUCGGAAAGCUGCCUGGGAUUAUGGACGCCUAAGUCUGCUAACAAAUCAUGAAAGCCUGAUCUCACUGUUCUUUGGAGAGCAAAGUGAUAAGAAUUCCCCAAUGGACCCUAUCCUGGAGGUACAGAAAAGAGAUACGGGUAAUUUUUCCUGGUUAAUCAACAUCAUAAAAAUGACGAAAGAGGAGCUGAUUAAAAAGUGUGGAGAUGAUGCCAAAAUGUACCUCAGUUUCCAGAGACACCUCAUUCUUCUAUUCCUCUUUCUUUGUGUGCCCUCCUUGGCUGUCAUCCUGCCUCUCAAUUACUCUGGGAAUCUUCUGGCACGAAAUAGUCAUUUUGGCCGUACCACCAUUGUCAAUGUCGGCAAAAAUGACAAGAUAUUGUGGGUACAUAGUGUAUUCUCCUUUCUCUACUUCUGCCUCACCUUUUGCUUCAUGGUCCACCAUGGUCGAGACAUUAAGCCCAAGAGUGAAGGAAAGGCAACCAAAACUCUGCUGGUCACCUACCUACCCAAGGAAAUUACAGACCCUGCGAUCAUCAUCAAACAUUUUCAUGAGGCUUACCCCAGCUGUACAGUGACCAAAGUCCACUUCUGCUAUGAUCUGAGAAGACUUGUAGAAUUGGAUAAUCAAAGACACCAUGUAAUGAAAGGUCGACUUUUUUAUACCUCAUAUAAUCUGGCAAAUGGGAAAACGAUGAUUCGAGUGCACCCCUGCUCCCGUAUCUGCUUCUGUCAGUGCUGCAAAUGCUUCAAGGAGGUGGAUGCUGAACAAUACUACAGUGAAUUGGAAGAGAAGUUGACUGAUGAGUUCAAUGCUGAACGGAGCCUAAUCCACCAGAAGCGUUUGGAUGCAGCUUUUGUCACCUUUGAGGAUGAGAAGAUGACAGCUUUGAUCCUAAAGGAUUUUGAAUGGAUUCAUUGGGGCAAAGCUCCACAAUCAUCCUCAGUAACAGCGGUGGUCCAGUCUCACAAAUGGAGGGUCUUCUAUGCCCCUCACCCUAAGGAUAUUCUUUGGGAGCACUUAUCCAUCCGUGGAUUUCACUGGUGGGCACGUUUCCUACUUAUCAACAUUUCCCUCUUCAUCCUGAUCUUCUUCCUCACCACACCAAGCAUUGUUAUCAACACCAUGGACAUGUUCAAUGUCACUCGACCCAUCGAGAAACUCAAGAAUCCCAUUGUGACCCAGUUUGUCUCUUCCUUGCUAAUGUGGGCUUUUGCUGUGACCCUUCCCUUCAUCGUCUACUCUUCCUCCUUUUUGGAGGCCCACUGGACUAGGUCACACCGAAAUCUGUUCACAGUAUAUAAAUGUUACUUCUUUCUAGUGUUCAUGGUGAUUAUCUUGCCUUCAUUGGGCCUGACCAGUUUGGAUCUUUUUUUCCGAUGGCUCCUUGACAGCACUUUUUUGGACCACGCAGAACUGAAGUUCCAGUGUGUGUUCCUUCCUGACAAUGGGGCCUUCUUUGUUAACUAUGUCAUCACUACCAGUCUGAUCGGCACGGGCAGUGAUCUGCUGCGUUUAGAGUCCCUUCUCUUCUACAGCAUACGCCUCCUUUUCUCCAAAUCUGAAGGCGAACGAGUGAACAUCAGGCAGAAACAAGUCAGAACUUUUGAGUAUGGACGUGAGUAUUCCUGGAUUUCUUGUGUCAUCAGUGUUGUGAUGGCAUAUAGCAUCACCUGCCCUGUCAUUGUUCCAUUUGGGCUGCUUUAUAUUUGUCUGAAGCAUAUUACCGAUAAGUACAACUUGUAUUAUUCCUACGCCCCUACCAAGCUUAGAGAAGACUUCCACAUGGUGGGAGUUUACCAGGUGAUCCUGGCGCCCAUCCUUUCUAUGUUCUGGCUGCUCUUCUUCUCCAUUGUCCGUCUAGGAAGCUUUCAUCCCGUCACUGUUUUUACCCUUGUGAUCCUCUUUGCUUCCAUCGUGACUUCCUUCAUUAGUCUUUGCUUUAGGAAGGUUUGGAGAAAACGGCCUGACACUGAGGCAGAACAAUCAGAUACAACCUCCAGCGAUUUCAAUCUCCGAAGAAGCAUUUCUUCCUCUCUCUUCAUACAAAAUUUGUAUGUGGCCCCAGUGCUCCAGGAGCUAGAGAUGAGCCUGACUCCAGCCACCUCUCCGGGCCGCCAGUCCUACGGCACCAUGAGCAGCCAGCUGGAUGCCUUGGACAGGGAGGAUGAAAGUGGGCCACAGAGCCUGGCAUCCGAAGUGGAGACUGCUGAGGGCGAGUUCCAAGAGGGGCUAUUAAUGGAAGACCAAAACAAAUAAGGAUCACCCAUCCCCACCACCAAAGGUGCUCCCACACUAGGUGGAAUGCCAGCAUCAAGAGAAGAACAUGGCAGGGAGCAGAAGGGUAGAUCCAAUCUCCCCCUUCCUUUCGACCCACAUGCCCAUUCCCCCAGAUCCUCGAAGGCUGCCAUUUUUCAUCCUGCCUCUCUCCCCAAGGUACUGGCAGGUUGAUAGAUCCCAGGCAUGCUUGACUGGCUAGAAAGUGAAUCUGGUGGAAGAUGCAGUCUGGACUCCUGGACUGAAAGUACUAGCAACCUCCAUGUCUCAUAAGGGGUCAUCGGUGCCCCAGACCUAGGAAUUAAUAUUGGUACUUCCUUAAAAGAAGAUGAGAAAAAGAAAGCACAGGAAAAAGGGGUCCCAGAGGGUCCCUAUUUUCAGCAGCCUCUGAAACUCUUCUCCAAUUUGUUUGCCUUUUGGAAGAUCUACCACUCAGACCAUUUUUUCAUCACUCCCACUUCCCUGAAGACCCAAAGAAAUCUCAACUGUUAUGUGACCGGCAGAGUUAUCAGGAAAUGAGAAUAGACUGGGCUGGCCUACCUAAGAAGGGAGACUUCUUAGUCUCCUCAACCCAGAAUUGGAGGAAGAUGCCUCCUCAAACGCCUGAGUUUGGAGGUUUUCACCACAUUAGAAUUCAUGAGGAAAAAUAUCCUCCCUAAAGAGAAGGGAUUCCUGUGGCCCCGAGCCUCAUCCUGGCCUGAAACUCUUUGCAGUAUGAAUGGCCAGAGCCAAGGGAAAUCUUUUGAGUUGUCACACAUCUUGCCUCCACUCCUCCUCUUCCUCUCUCCCACCAUUUGCUAGAUGGCUCUGAGUAGAGCAGUGUUGAAAUAAAACAGCAGAAGAGGAGAAGUUAAGAUUAGAGAACCUCAGCCUCCAUGCUCAAUGGGCUGUCCAAGGAAGAGCAGGAGUCAGUCAGAGUAAAAUCCUCGAGAUGAUCUUAGAGCCCGCCAAACAUUCGUAUAUGUUGGGAAGUAAGACAGGAUAAAGAAGGAAGUAAGCCUUCACCUGAAGGUAUUGAAGAAUGUAAAACACUGGCCAUCUCCCAUUCACCCGGGAACUAAGCACCUUGGCAGUUCCAACAGAAUAGACCCCCAGGGUAAGGGGGGCAGCCAUGUCAAAUAGUCCCUGCCAGCUGCCAUGGGAGUCUCUCUGGUUCAGGAUGGGACUAAAGUAACUAGAAGCUGAUGGUGAGAAGCUCCCACCUAGACCCCAGGAUAGUGACCCAAACAGGACAUCAUCCCUUUCCUAUGUUCAGUCAUCUCUCCAAGCUUCCCUUUGCCGGAGGGGGACCCAAGUGAUGUAUUUCUAUGCCAAAGGGGAAAGAAGCAGUUUCCUAUUUGUUGGAAAGUGCUACCUUUUCCCCCAUGUUGACCCACAGCCCAGACACCGCUGCUGGUGAUUGCUUCUUCCAGCCUCCCUCAUUCCCCAGAGGGAGGAAGCUUAGAAUGAUGGAUGGGAAGCCAUCCAACUUGGAUAAUGAACACCUGUUUUCUUAAGUCAUGCUGCCCCCGUCUGUGCCCCAAGAUGGGUUCCCUCUAUCAUUAAUGCUGCUCUCCUCUUGGGGCUAAAUCAGUCCAAAGACAGAAGGAAGGGGCAGGAGGAGGACUUGGAGGGAAGGGUAUUAAGAACUGUCCCCUCUACAGUCUCAACUCCAACACCAUGCAGACAGCCCUGGGAUGUAAUGGGCUACCAUAUGUGAUGGGCUUUGACAGUACCACCCAAAAGUUGGUACAAGAAGUAAAAAAAAAAAGUUCCUCUGAUUUUGUAGUCAGAGCGUGGGAAUGAGCCAAGGAGAGAGGACCUGUUUGUUCCUGAGUGUGAUCUAAUGCUUCUCUGUGAUGAUGGAGAGGGGAGGAGGAAGAGGAAAAGUGAGAAUAGGGUACUCUCACUUGGAAACCUGAAUGACCCUCAUUUCAUAACAUCGAUUCUGAAGUUUUCUUGCCAGUUUCUCAGUUUUUUUAAAUCCUUAGACCUAAGAGAAAUGCAAAAAGUAGCCAGUACACCAGUUUCUAAUGCAAAGGAAUAUCCUAUUAUAAUACACACAUGCACUUGUGUACUCAAUCCCAUUCUGGUUGAAGCUAGAGCUCUGGUGAUGAUGCCCGUAUAUGCAGAGUGCUUUGCAAGCUUUGAGUUGACAUGGUGAUCCUAGAAAUGAUGGAAAGAUUGGAGAAAAGAAGGACUUUAUUCCAGAGUGGAACUGGGUUGCUCUGAAGGAAUGCAGCCAAGAAAAAAAAGCUAACUGUGGAAGAGGGGAAGAUUAUGAGUCACUUAAAACCUAACAGUAAAAACUGAGCCAAAGGGCUUUUUUUUCUUUUAAAUCAUCUAAUGGGCAAGGAAGGAUCCUUUCCAGGGCAGCCUGGAGGACCCAAGCCAAGUGCUCCUUGGUCUCUUCAGGCUUUCUGUAGGUUUACAUCAUAGAGUGGGAGCCUCAGGACAGAUCAGCAGCAUACCCAGAAGGUAGCAAGGGGUGCUCAUUUCUUAGGCACACUCCCACUUGUUAACUACUUGCUAUCUCGCUUUCAUCCAUUCACUGCACCUCAUCCUUCUUCCCCAGGAUGGAACCUUGAGAGUGAGGGGAAGGAAUUGAGUUUUAUUUCAUGUUCAACUUAAAUGGAGUGCAAGUCCAUCCAGUAAAUGAACAGGGCUACCAGAUGCAAACACCACUGUACUGGGAUUAGGAUUCAGUCCUACCAUCACCAACAUCUGGAUAACGGAUUUGAUAAAGUCUAAUUUUAAGGAGGAAAAUAGUGUGGAGAUCUGGGGACUCAUGUGGAUUUUGUCUCCCUACCCUUCCUCAGAUUGUAUAACCAAGAAGUCAUUCCUUCCCUUCAAACUCAUUCUAUGUAUGCUUGCACAAAUCCAGUCACCCUCCUAAUACAUUCCCUUUGUCCCCUACAUCUGCUAUGACCCAAGAUAUAUUUACCCAUUUGCUCCUAUAGAUACAUGCAUCCUGAUACUGUUCAGGCCCCUAAUUUUUCCUUCUUUCCCCAUAUCUUAACUGUCUUACAUCUGGUCAGCCAAUUGUUUCUAUUCUACAUAGAAUAACACAUCCUAACCACCCUCAUAUCUACAUCUUAAAAAUUUAACCUUAUAUUCUACCCAAUCCCACUUUACAUCAGUCCAACAACCUGACCACCCAUGCAUCCAAAACACACCCACACUUAAACUCCUUGAAAUAGAAUGUCCCACAUUUACUUCUUUGGGAGAAAUUGAGCUUUAUUCUGUUGAGGGGGGGAGGAGUAGGAACAAUGUCUGGACUCUGACCUUGAACAGACUUCUCUGUUUAGUCUGGCUCUGUGGGAGCCAUUUCUAAUUGGGCAUCCUCCCCCAAACUCCUAAUCCCAUUCUGUGCCCUGGUACAACCCUCCUGGGUUCCACUGCCCUGUCUCUGCACUGUCUCUGGAAGGAAAGGCUUAUUAGCAUUAUGUCCAUGGGGACUCUGAUGAGGUGUCUGACUUAUCCCACUGGCUGCCAUCACUCUAGGAAUGUGCCAGAGUUCUGUGACCUUGAAAUCUAUUGCUAUUACCAUGUCUUGAAUAAAACAAACUCCACC